UUUCCCAAACGAAAAUAAACAUUACACAAUUCAAAAUCGGCAUUUAAAUCACCGACUCAGCGUUUCGAUUGGUCCAUCCAAGGUUACCGAAAACAGAUCCCUGUAAUUGAAGUAUGUUAGAGACAUGUCUGUCGAGACGGGCAAUUUUUUUCCAGCUGCAAACGGUUAUUUUUGAAGUGACACACCGAAAUUAGAACGUCAAAUUGUGAAACGUGCCCGAUACAACCGAGAAACAAUGCAGUUUAUUAGGCGCUCGAUUUCCCUUGUGGUCGGUGUGACCGUCUUCACCGUUUCGGGGUAUUUGCUCUACAUGCUUUUUAAACAGGACGAUGACGACGAAUACGACGGUGUCACAGUGUCGAAGAAUUCCUAUCGACAAACUGUGGAACUGCGAAUUCCGAAAGAUGCAGUGGGAGUAGUGAUUGGUCGCAACGGCCAAAAUAUCAAAAGCAUCCAAGAAAGUUCGAACACCUACAUCAAUUUUAAGGACAGGGAUGAAAAGACAAAAAUUUGCAUGAUCAAAGGUACACGCGAGUGCUGCAUUGUUGCGGAAAAUCUCAUCAAAGAUUUGAUCAAAAACGAGCCGGUUAUCGAAUGCGAAGAUGUGUGGGUGCCUAUUAAAAGCGUCGGUAAAAUUAUCGGUCGGUGCGGUGAGAAGAUCAAUGAAAUACGCGUCAUGUCUGGUGCUAAAUUGAUCAUACAAGAUGAUGACAAAGAGAAAACUACUAAGAGGAUUUCCAUUAAAGGUACUAAGGAGCAGAUUGUUGUGGCCAAGUCUCUAGUUGAUGAAAUUGUUGAUCAAUGUUUGGAAAUGCAAGCAAAAAUGGACUCAAUUUUGGCUAAAAGAGAACCAAGAGGACCAUUGAAAAAUGGCACAAACAUUCAGAAUGAAGCACCAAAAAAAGAGAAAUUACCUGAAAGUGGUCAACCGAAUACCCAGUUUGAAGUUUAUGUGUCAGCAGUGGUGACUCCAUCCAAGUUUUGGGUACAAAUCGUCGGUCCAAAAGCUUCUGAACUGGACAUGCUCGUCGAAGAAAUGACCGAAUACUACAACAAAGAAGACAAUCGUAAUUUGCACGUGCUCGAUAGCGUAAAAGUAGGCGAUUUGGUUGCAGGAAUUUUCCAAUACGAUAAUAAAUGGUACAGAGCUGAAGUAAUAAGUGUCAAUGAGACGGAAAAUUCUGCUGAUUUAUAUUAUGUUGAUUAUGGAGAUCAGGACACUGUUAACAUUAGCAAAGUGUACGAAUUGAGGACAGACUUUUUGAGCCUCAAUUUUCAAGCAAUUCAGUGUCACCUGGCCAAAGUUCUGCCAGUUGGCGAUGACUGGACAACAGAAGCGAUAGACAAGUUUGAGGAGCUCUCGCACACCGCCCAGUGGAAGAAAUUGUCGGCUAAAGUGAGCGGCUACACAAAUCCGACGCAGUCGCGGUCCAAAAGGAGUGGUUCGCCGGUACCGUGCAUUGAUCUGGUGGACGUAAGCGAAGAAAAGGACAUUAACGUGGCUGAGGAGUUGGUGAGAAGCGGCCUCGCCAUCGCCAAACCAGAGGAUCUGCAGCAGGUCACGAAAGAGGCACGGUUUCGUACCAACAGAUUCGAAUUAAGUCCACCCAGGACGAAAUAGCAACUGCAGCAUUAAAGAGAAUGUACAAUGAUGUCCGCACGAGUUCACAGGUUUCUAUCAUGUUGUGAACGGUGCGUUUUUGGUGCCGUGUUGCGUAAUUAUACAUAAUUGCAAUUUGCUGACGACUGCUAUAAUUUAUAACAAUGUUGUAAAUGACUUGUUUACAUCAUUUUUAUUUUUUGUUGUUUUGUGAUAUUUUACGAAUGGGCCAUUUAAUUUCAAUAAAGAUUAAUUACGAAUUAAUGUUA